GUUGGCAAAUGUAUAGAAGGGGAGUGUUGUAUAACAUUGGAAUGACAGCAUGCAUGUUGCUCUUUAAAUAUCUGCUGUUUUCUUUUGGAAUUAGGUCACAGGGGUAGCUUGUAUGAUUAAACAUAAUACCAUAUAAACAGGACAGGGCUGCCUGAAGAUAUCCUGUUAAUAUUAUUUUUUGUCGAUCUUUAGACUUAUGAUAUGGAGCUUGAUCGGCGACUGCUGGUGGCUCACUGCGCAGCCCACACCCUUUCAGUAGUGGCUGGGUUGAUGGUGGUUGUCCCACUGGCUCUCAACGGCUCAGCUUUCAAGGGGCGUUGUGCACUUUUCACAACGGGUUCUUGGAGGACAGAAAAUGUAACCGACGUUACUGGAGAACCAGGUGAGAUUUCACACUUGGUGGUACAGCAAUGGGGUCCACCGGCUGCUUGCCAAUUCGCUACUUUCGUCGGUGUUUUUACGGUGUUGUACGGUGCUGCGCAGGGCUGGCGAAGCAUAUUUUAUCUACACGGACGGCAUGACGACACGUUAUUCUCUGCCUUCCUGACCCUGAUCCUGAGCCUGUGUGUGUUGUUUCUGUCUGGAGGGGCCAGUGCCACCCUCUCCCUGGGGCUGAUCUCCUGGUGCCACACCGUCACAGAUGACAACACCAGACCCUACAGCUGUGCAGAAUCCCAAUCUAUUCCCAUGUACCUUGAUGUAGAGACGUCGUCCUUCUACACUGAGCUCACCCUGGCUGAGGUUGCUCUGUGGAGUGUGACAGCAUUGUGGUUGACCCACUCCAUCUUGUCCUUCAUGCGUCUCUACCACUCCCACAGCCAGCACAUCAGCGGUCCCUGCCUGCCCAGGGAGAAGGAGCAUCUCCUGGGCCACUCUACCUCCAGCUCCUCAUCCUCAGACCGGGGCUCACCUUCACCCCUACUAGCCCAAUCGACAGCUCCCUGUGUCAUCUUUAUAUAACUGUAUCAUCAAUGAAACCCCUUAACUACUCUUAACUGCCACAUCCACCACCAACCAGAGCCAUUACAAUCUCUAAUCUGACCCCAGCCUUAACCCCAAUGGAACUCAUGCAGCUUCCACAUCAACACCCAGUGUUUCUUUUGUCCUUACCGCUAAUCACUUUUCAAAUGCUUAACCUCGUCACCACCACCCACCACUUAGCUCACCUCAUAUGUGAACCUCUCUUGGUUCAACCUCCAACCUCCCACUGACAGGCCAAUUAUUGAUUAUUAUUCCGAUCCAAAAUAGAAAUUAAACAAUGUUAUGGUAUUUAGGAAUCAAUUGUACAAGUCUGUAUUAGUCAUAUAUUUAUGGUUUAAUGUGAUACCAAUCAGUAUGUUAUAAGCUAUAUUUCAAUGCAUAGUUAAUGCAUAGUUGACCAACUUUAUAACAAGGUAGCUGACUGGCAGAAUGAGCCAUGCCAAAACAUGUAAGCCUAGAGUACAUAUAUUUUACUAAGAGUGACUGUUUGAUAAAAGCAUUUCCUAAAUUUGCUAAUGUCUGUUGCUAUAAAUUCAGCAGUUUUCACAUUUAGCUAAUGUAGCAUUUGCAGUUGUAAUAGCAAUCGACAAAAGUUAUUCAUUUUUUUAGUUCUGAGGUGCUUUCAUUGAGAAGCAAGAACCAUGUGGUAUGUGAAAGAGAGACACUCAAUGAGGCUCACUGUGUGAGCAGAACAGAUACAUGUUCUAUUGUGUGUUACAUAAUCACUCUUAUCCUCAAGGGAAGGUUUUCGUAUGAUGCUGUUUGUGUAGAUGCAGCUGCUUCUAAGGCAUUUGUGGCAUCCAGAUUUCUCACAAAAAGAGGUUUGAUGAUAGUAUUACAUCAAAUAUACUGUAUGUGUGAACUGGUCUGAGCUAAAAUCCUGAGGGAGGAAUAGCCAAUAAUUGUUGAAACAACUGUGUUCAGUAAUGGUUUCACCUUUAAACCUUGAACUCAGUAGUUGUAGUGACACACAGAUAGUGGAACAAGAAACCAGAAGAGUGGAUAGAAUUUGAAUAAUGUGUUUUUAAAUAUUAUGGUCAAUGUUGAUUAAAUUGUUAUUUAUGUUCAUGUUUAUUCAUCACACUGCUUAUGUAAAUCAAUAAAAACAGAUUCCUAUGAAAUAAUCAUUUAUUUCAA